AUGACAUCAUUCCUCUGUGCCUGUGCCAGAGGCCAGCAUCUGGAUCCGGCCUCAGCAACGGAUAUGGUCAACAGCCUCUCCAGACUCGCUCACGAAUUUAGAAAGGCCCCAGCUACAGUAAUCGCCUGGUUCCUGGCCAAGCCAAGACGACUGGGGUUCAGUAGGGAACCCGAAUCAGGCAAGAUCAGCAUGGUCGUUGGAUGA